AUGUUCGCACCUUGCAACAUAUUCAUAUUCACCGGCUACACCUCACCGGCUACACCUCACCGGCUACACCUCACCGACUACACCUCACCGACUACACCUCACCGACUACACCUCACCGGCUACACCUCACCGGCUACACCUCACCGGCUACACCUCACCGGCUACACCUCACCGGCUACACCUCACCGGCUACACCUCACCGGCUACACCUCACCGGCUACACCUCACCGGCUACACCUCACCGGCUACACCUCACCGGCUACACCUCACCGGCUACACCUCACCGGCUACACCUCACCGGCUACACCUCACCGGCUACACCUCACCGGCUACACCUCACCGGCUACACCUCACCGGCUACACCUCACCGGCUACACCUCACCGGCUACACCUCACCGGCUACACCUCACCGGCUACACCUCACCGGCUACACCUCACCGGCUACACCUCACCGGCUACACCUCACCGGCUACACCUCACCGGCUACACCUCACCGGCUACACCUCACCGGCUACACCUCACCGCCUACACCUCACCGCCUACACCUCACCAACACCGACCGAUGAUGGAGGCGGUUCUGGAAAAUCGAAGAAAACCAGGGUCCGGGAUUCUUUUCACUCCAGAUUAAAUAUUAACAAAUGUCAAAUCACAAUUGUUUGCUUAACUAAAGCAACUAGUAAAACAAAUCAAAAGACUUAA